CGUGUUUCGCCUUUUGUGGUUUCACAAAUCGGAGAGCUCAGUUAUAGUCUGUUUUUCAAUAACAGUAAUCAAUGCAGUUCUUGGAUUACGGCGACUAAAUUUCGUCUGACAGCAGCUAGAGAUGGCAAGUGACAUAAAACAACGUAAAGCAGCCGAGGCUGAGGAUCACAUUCGUCAGGCAGAGAAAUGCAUGAAAACAUCUUUCUUUAAGUGGAGACCGGAUUUGGAUGGGGCUGCAUCAGAAUACAACAAAGCAGCGACAUGCUACAGAAAUGCCAAAUGUUUGAAGGAGGCUAAAGAUGCUUGUAUCAAAGCAGCAGAAGUGCAGCUCCAAAUGAAUGCACCAUUCCAUGCAGCGAAGUCAUAUGAGCAAGCUGGACUUAUUUGUAAAGAGAAUAACAUGAUAGAAGACGCCAUUAAUUUGAUGGAAUAUGCUGCCAAACUAUUUCAGGAGGAUGGAUCGUCAGAUACGGCAGCCAUUGUACUGGACAGAGCUGGAAAAAUAGUGGAAAUAUCUCAUCCUAACAAGUCUGCCCAGCUGUUCCAGAAAGCUUGUGAUGUAUCAGAGGUAGGAAAAGUCCUACUGUAUAAACUUUUAUUGAUGAUAUACUGUCAGCCAAUAUUUAUUAUAGACUUGUUUCCUACCUUAAGGUAGCAUUUUAGCUGACAUCAAUUAAGAAAAAUAUCUUCAGUUCAUGACGAAUGUAUCUGACUUUUUCUGAUGGCAAUUGACCAUUCCAUAUUCAUAUUCACUUUAAUCAGCCAUGUACUCCCCCCAGAUAUAUUUUUCUCACAUACUCCACAGGGUAAUGUACAGGUAAAAACAGCCAUCACAUGCUCUAAGACGAUACUCACAAUAACGUAACAUCAUCAUUUUACACUGAGUAACCAAGUCAUAAAUGAUGACGUCAUCAAUUUUAAUGCACAUUCCAAGAAGCUUUGAAGAUUAGAUGGCGUGAUGAAAAACUUUCAUAAAAACUUACAUUUGCCUGCAUGUAUGCUAGAAAAUAAUCAACAUGAGUCUAUACUGCGAAAAAGGAUAUCUCAACCCUUGUGUAACAGUUUGGCUGGCCAGCACUCUCUGGUUGAGAUAUCCCUGUCCAUAGAACACCCAUGUUAUAUUUGAAUUAGUCCUUUAUUAGUGUGUGACAGCAUAUGAGGGCUAACAGGAUGGGAGAAAUAGAUUUUUUUUUUCAGGAGUGAAAUAGGAAUUCCAAUCCACAGGUUUAGAUCUAAGCUAUCUGAUAAUAGAACCCUACCAAAUACCUCAUGUUUGGCAACUUU